AUGUCCGUUCAACAACUAUCCCUAAAAGCGAAAUUGUUCUUGAAUGCAUUCAACCACGCUAAUGCUGCUACUUUCCUCGCAGCGGCACACACUCCAGAGUCCAUUCCAAAGCUCCAUGGCCUUCCAGAAGUCAUCGUAACUGGCAGAGCUAAUGUCGGCAAGUCAUCGUUCCUGAAUGCUGUCAUAGGUCGCACAAGUCUUGUUCAUUCGAGCAAAGGCGCUGGUCGGACACGCUCUCUUAACUUCUUUCGCGUUGGACGUGAACCAGGAACUCUUGUCCUAGUUGACGCUCCAGGCUAUGGGUCACGCGGUAAAGCGGAAUGGGGUGCGUUAUGGGAGCACUACAUCGAUACCAGAAAGCAGCUUCGCGGGAUUUUCUUAUUGAUUAAUGCACCACACAGAAUGACCGAGUUCGAUCGUACAAUGCUCAAGGAUCUUAAUGCACGACUAUCGAUCGGUUCAACCUCAUCGUCUCAUCCCGGGCCAAAACGUAUUCCAGUCUUACAACCCGUAUUCACCAAAAUAGACCGCCUAGGAGGCCAUGAAGUAGGACACAGACACAGGCGACUUUUAGAAGAAGUGAAAGAGAUUGCUCCAAUCGCAGCCCCUCCUAUCUUAUCGUCUGUGGUCUCAAAUCUCGGAAUGGACAUCGGUGUAUCUGCCGCGAGAAUGGCAAUUGCUAACGCUUGUGCUGGGAAAUGA